GCGUUGGCUGAGCUGCUGGGCGCGCCGGGGCCCGCGCCCGGCCUGGCCAAGGGGUCGCACCCGGUGCACUGCGUGCUCUUCCUGGCGCUGCUGGUGGUCACCAAUGUCCGGUCCCUGCAGGUGUCCCAGCUGCAGCAGGUCGGCCAGCUGGCGCUGCUCUUCAGCCUCACCUUCGCGCUGCUGUGCUGUCCCUUCGCGCUGGGUGGCCCCGCUAGGGGCCCGGCCGGGGCGGCUGCCGGGUCCGCGGUCGCUGAGCAGGGAGUUUGGCAGCUUCUGUUGGUCACCUUCGUGUCCUAUGCCUUGCUGCCCGUGCGCAGCCUGCUGGCCAUCGGCUUCGGGCUGCUGGUGGCCGCCUCGCACUUACUGGUUACGGCCACCUUGGUCCCCGCCAAGCGCCCACGUCUCUGGAGGACGCUCGGUGCCAACGCCCUGCUCUUCGUUGGUGUGAACAUGUAUGGCGUGUUUGUGCGCAUCUUGACUGAGCGCUCACAGAGGAAGGCCUUCCUGCAGGCCCGGGGCUGCAUCGAGGACCGACUGCGCUUGGAGGAUGAGAACGAGAAGCAGGAGCGGUUGCUUAUGAGCCUCCUGCCCCGGAAUGUUGCCAUGGAGAUGAAGGAGGACUUCCUGAAGCCCCCUGAGAGGAUUUUCCACAAGAUUUAUAUCCAGAGGCAUGACAACGUGAGUAUCCUUUUUGCUGACAUUGUGGGCUUCACUGGCUUGGCGUCCCAGUGCACAGCUCAGGAGCUGGUGAAACUUCUCAAUGAGCUCUUUGGCAAGUUUGAUGAGUUAGCCACGGAGAACCACUGCCGUCGGAUCAAGAUCCUGGGAGACUGCUACUACUGUGUGUCGGGCCUCACCCAGCCCAAGACUGACCAUGCCCACUGCUGCGUGGAGAUGGGGCUGGACAUGAUUGAUACCAUCACGUCUGUGGCCGAGGCCACCGAGGUGGACCUGAACAUGCGUGUGGGGCUGCACACCGGAAGGGUUCUUUGUGGCGUCCUGGGCCUGCGCAAGUGGCAGUAUGACGUGUGGUCCAAUGACGUGACCUUGGCCAAUGUCAUGGAGGCUGCUGGCCUGCCAGGGAAGGUUCACAUCACAAAGACAACCCUUGCGUGCUUGAAUGGGGACUAUGAGGUAGAGCCAGGUCACGGGCAUGAGAGGAACAGCUUCCUGAAAACUCACAACAUCGAGACCUUCUUCAUUGUGCCAUCCCAUCGGAGAAAGAUAUUCCCAGGCCUGAUUCUCUCAGAUAUAAAGCCGGCCAAGAGGAUGAAGUUCAAGACUGUCUGCUACCUGCUGGUGCAGCUCAUGCACUGUCGGAAGAUGUUCAAAGCUGAGAUCCCCUUCUCCAAUGUCAUGACUUGUGAGGACGAUGACAAGCGGAGGGCAUUGAGAACAGCCUCGGAAAAACUCAGAAACCGCUCCUCUUUCUCUACCAACGUGGUCUACACCACUCCGGGCACACGUGUCAACAGGUACAUCAGCCGCCUCCUGGAAGCCCGCCAGACAGAGCUAGAGAUGGCAGAUCUGAAUUUCUUCACCCUAAAGUACAAGCACGUAGAACGGGAGCAAAAGUACCACCAGCUUCAGGAUGAGUAUUUCACCAGCGCUGUUGUCCUCGCCCUCAUCAUGGCUGCCUUAUUUGGCCUUGUCUACCUUCUGGUAAUCCCACAGAGUGUGGCUGUCCUGCUCCUGCUGGUGUUUUCAAUCUGCUUCCUGGUAGCCUGUGUCCUAUACCUACAUAUCACCCGGGUCCAGUGUUUUCCAGGGUGCCUGACGAUUCAGAUCCGCACUGUCCUAUGUAUGUUUAUAGUGGUCUUAAUCUACUCGGUAGCCCAAGGAUGUGUGGUGGGCUGCCUGCCCUGGGCCUGGAGCUCCCAGUCCAACAGCUCCCUGGUGGUCCUGGCAGCUGGUGGCCGGCGCACCGUGCUGCCUGCCCUGCCCUGUGAAUCUGCACACCACGCCCUGCUCUGCUGCCUGGUGGGGACCCUCCCGCUCGCCAUAUUCCUGAGGGUGUCCUCCUUGCCAAAGAUGAUCCUGCUGUCCGGGCUCACCACAUCCUACAUCCUCGUUCUGGAGCUCAGUGGGUACACCAAGGCCGGGGGUGGUGCCCUCUCUGGACGCAGCUACGAGCCAAUUGUGGCCAUCCUGCUGUUCUCAUGCACGCUGGCCCUGCACGCCAGGCAGCUGGACGUCAGGCUGCGUCUGGACUACCUCUGGGCUGCACAGGCAGAAGAGGAGCGAGAUGACAUGGAGAGGGUGAAGCUGGACAACAAGAGGAUCCUCUUCAACCUACUUCCAGCCCACGUGGCACAGCACUUCCUCAUGUCCAAUCCCCGGAACAUGGACCUCUACUACCAGUCCUACUCCCAGGUGGGCGUCAUGUUUGCCUCCAUCCCCAACUUCAAUGACUUCUACAUUGAGCUGGAUGGCAACAACAUGGGGGUAGAGUGCCUGCGGCUCCUGAAUGAGAUCAUUGCUGACUUCGAUGAGCUCAUGGACAAAGAUUUCUACAAGGACCUGGAGAAGAUCAAGACCAUCGGGAGCACCUACAUGGCAGCAGUGGGGCUGGCGCCCACAGCAGGGACCAGGGCUAAGAAGUCCAUCUCUGCUCACCUCAGCACCUUGGCUGACUUUGCCAUCGAUAUGUUUGAUGUCCUGGAUGAAAUUAACUACCAGUCCUACAAUGAAUUUGUCCUCCGAGUUGGCAUCAACGUUGGCCCUGUGGUGGCCGGAGUGAUCGGUGCUCGGAGACCCCAGUAUGACAUCUGGGGAAACACAGUUAAUGUGGCCAGUCGGAUGGACAGCACCGGGGUCCAGGGCAGAAUUCAGGUGACUGAGGAGGUCCACCGGCUGCUGAGGAAGUUCCUACCACUUCGUGUGCCGAGGCAAAGUCAGUGUCAAGGGCAAGGGGGAGAUGCUGACGUACUUUCUAGAAGGCAGGACUGAUGGAAGUGGCUCCCAUACCAGGUCCCUGCACUUGGAUCGGAAGAUGUGUCCUUAUGGGAGAGCCGGAGGCCAGGCCAGACGGCCCCCACUGUGUCCUGCAGCCAGACCCCC